AUGGACAGCAGUCGCUCGAACACCAUCCACGAGCUGUUCAGUCGAGGUUCCACGCCUCCUCCUGGACAGCAGCAGUCGCAGCCUCAGCCCUUCCCCAGUCCGCAUGCUGCAGAUGCACCUACAUCAAACCAGAUUGACUCUUUAUUUCAUAAUAUCGCCUCUCCGCCUGCCGACUCGCAGCAGCCCACAAAUCAGAACCAAGGUUCUAACGUGUAUGGCAAUUCCGAACCUGCGACCCCAAGCCUAUCGUUGUCGGAGGAACCCGUCGCUUCCUCUGUGUCAUCUGUGAGUAAUAGCACGGCAGCAGAGAGGCAGAAUGCCCUGCUGUCACUUCUUGGUAACCCAAGCUCGAACCGCUCGAACGCGAGCACGGCGUCGCAGCCACAGCAAGUUCCAACACCUCCGGGUUCCUCGCAACGGUCUGGUGCUUCACCAAGCCACAACGAGACGCAAGGAAAGAUUCUGCUCGAACAAUUGAUGGCUGGGAAUCCCCCGAGGUCAAGCUACUCUGAUUCACAGAGGAAUUCCCUUCCUGCAGCCGCUCCUUCUCCCCCUUAUGGUCCGUCACAGUCACAGCGGGAAGACGAGUAUCGUCAGCGCGACAAUAAUCCCUACAACCCUCUUAAUCAACCUAGCGAUAUCACACCAAGGGCGCAAGCAGCCCCUCCUCCUCCCGCGCAAUCACAGAGCCAGCCACCUCAGCCACCCUCCCCUUCCCGAAAGAGCAUGUUCGAGUAUGUCUCUCCGUUUGACGCGCUCGCUCAAACGUCAUCCAUGUCGGUGAAGAAGAAGCCCGUGCCGGCACAACCUUCAAGUGUCUCCAGUGGUAAUGAGGAUUCAGGCUGGUCCGCGAUAUCUGAUCCCAAACGUCAAUCAGUCGACAAUCUGCUGGAAAACCUUACUCGAGGACACCUCCCUCAACCACCAGUGGCGCAGGCGCCCCCUCCGGCAUACGAACCCUACAAUCUGCUUGGAAGCUCUGAGUAUGCCACGGCAGAGCCAGUCCAGCCCAGAGUCACCGUACCGCCCCCUCCUCCUCUGCCUCCCAAGCCUGCAGGUGCAAGGCCGCCGUCGCCUCCACGGGUGUCGCCACCCAAGCAGCAGCUCUCUAAUCGCAUUGUAUCCCAGCGUCCGAUGGACUCCCCUGCUAGCCAGGCGGGUGCAUCACAGCUCCCUGCUCAAUCCGGCAGACGCGAUAAGGAGAGCUCACCUGGGCCUCGAGGCUUUAGGGCGAAGGGCCAGACCAACAGGUAUCCCAACAAGAAUCAGUCAAGUCCAAGUCCUCAACCACAGACUGUCGUAUAUGAUGUGUCCCAGUCACUCGAAGAAAUUCAAGCUCCCCGCGACUCCGUCAAGUCUACCGCUAUCGCUCUUGUGAGGCAGGAUGCGGUCUUCCUACCGGGAACGACUAUCGGUGCUACGCAUUGGGUAGCCUACGCUAUGACUCGCGGUCGCGUCCGUGUCAUUUCUCGCUCAAGUGGGGAUCGCACCUUGUUGCAGCUGCCCAACCUGUUCCCAAGCGCUGCUAGUGUCACUGAUAUGGCGGUCUACGGCAACAGACUAGCAGGUGUCACUUCAGACGGCGGUUUUGUUGUAUGGGAGCUCCCUGAGGUCAUUACUGACGACGUACCUGGCGAGUUGCUGCUGUGUAUUCCGCCCCCAUCCGAUGGCGAAGCUCCCCUCCAUGCCGUCAAAUGGCACCCCAAGGAGCCUGAUAUGCUAGCCAUCGCCUCAGAGAACCGAAUCUAUCUGAUCAACCUGGGGAACUUCCAUUCUCUGAGAGGGCAACCCCUGCAACAGCACGAGCUGAUUCACCUCGCAAGCGUCUUCUCCCUGUCAAACCCACUUGUUGCCUUCGACUUCGACGUUUUGCACGGUGGCAUUGCCACCAUUUCCGAGGACUCAACAUUUACGCUCUGGAACAUGCAUGACCGAGUUCCUUACACCACUCACAAGAUUCGUGGUGAUGAUAUGCCGUCAAGCAUCACCUUCGUUGACGGUGGCGUCGUGAUCGGCCGAAAGAACGGGACUAUCUUCCAGCUGCUGUCCAUGGCUACGAAGACUGUAUUAUCUACCAUUAAGUUCGUCAAUGGCGAUCGAGAAGACCCGGAUAUGUUCGGCCAUGUCAGCUACGAUACGAGAAUACAGACACUUUGGGUAGCAAACUGCCGGCGCGACAGUAUGAUUGCGAUCAAGUUGAACGUGGACCCAGCUGCGAUGAGUGGCGAAGAUGUCGGCCGAGGCUAUUUUGAACAAGUUGUCGAAUUCACAGGGCCGAAGCCGACCAUUCACUUCGUGAUCUUGACCAUGGAUGCAGAUCCGCACGGAGAUGAAGCGCUUGCGGCUUGCGCCGCCGCGAAGGUUCCCCCUGGCGAAUUAGCUCUCGUCGCCUUCUCCGUCCAUGCAUCUGGGGUGGACCAGAUUCUCAUACGUAAAGAGUGGUAUGAUCACGCGUUGCUUGGAGCGCCGGCCAAAUUCCCCUCCUACUCCCUCCCCCAACCCCCUGCUCCGGCCUCUCAAAGCUUGUAUGUGGAGCCCAAGGGUCGUCCGAUCCCCCCUCAGUUCACUCCUCAAAUGUCUACCCUGCCCAAUGUCGCUCCUCAGGGAUCCACCAUCAUCCCUCCUGCUAGGCUGAGAACGCCUCCGUCCGAGGACGUAGAGGCUGAUCUCGCCCGGGAGGAAGUGCGUAGCGCUGAUAACGCUAGAGGAAAGGGACAGAAGGGGAAGAAUGUGAACUGGAAGGAGCGCGAAGAGAACCGCAACGGCAAUCGGUCGAACAACCCAGUAGACUCCAACAUCUUGAACGACUCUGCUCUGGGCCAGGCGCUUACCAAAGAGAUCAAGAGGACGGAAGAAAGCCUACACACACGCAUUGGCAGGCUCAUCGGCAAGGAAAUGGAUAAACAACACCAACGACUUGAAGAAGCCCGUGUUAAUGAACAAGCCGAAGACUUCGCCCGACAAGAGAAGAUCCUGAAGUUGAUCUCGACCGAGCUCACACGAAAUACAACACGUGUCGUUGAGAUGGCCGUCAAGAACGAGGUUCAGAACUCUGUUCUUCCUUCGCUGGAGAAUAUUACCAAGACGGAGGUCAAGAGCGCGCUUAAUGACCAGAUUGGUCGCGGUGUUGCCGAAUUCAUUGGCCAGAGUCUACCAAACGAAAUCGAGAAACUACUGCUUCGCCCCGACAUCUCUGCUCACUUCGCCCAUCUCCUCUCUUCAAAUUUGACGCCUCUCCUGGAGAGACAGGUCAAGGAGGCAGUUACGAAGACGUUCCUCCCCGUCUUUUCUCAGCAAUCUUCAUCGUAUCACCAGGAAGUCCUUCGUGAGCUUCGUACGGAGAUGCAUAGUCUCAAAAGCGAGGUCACGGCGUGGCAGAACGAUGCAUUCCGAAAUCAAGAGACGUCUAUUCGAGAAUUGGAGCACACUGUCCGAGCCCUCUCUGAACAAGUCAAGUUCCUCACUAUGAAUUCCUCUACCUCCGGACCAGCGCCUAUGCAUCACCUUCCUCAAGUUCAACAAAACCACAAUUCGCCGGGACCAAGCAUUCAACAUGGCCCUAGCAAUAUGACCCAGCAACACAUGCGUCCCGCUGCUCAGAAUAUGCCACCACCCGCUCCUCAACCUCCUACCAAUUAUGGGCACAACAAUUUCUCUCCUCAAACGCAGCCUCCCGCCCCGCUGCACACAGCUUGGUACUCCAAUAGUAUCGCUGCGCCGCAAGCAUCCCACCCCGCGACACUCCCACAACCCAAUCCUCAGCCACAAGAACGAACGCCUGUCACUCCCCCCGUUAAACCCGAACAAUGGGACGAGAUAUACCUUGGCGUAUUGCAUACCCAAGACACAACGAAGCUUCGUGACCUCCUCAUGCACACCAACCCCGAUGUGAUCAUGCCUCUGAACGGGCCGGUCCUCGUUUCGCAAGCCGUCAUCCUGACGCUGGUCCACAGGUUAUCGGCUACUGUCGGGGAGGCCCCGCCUAACGACGAUUCUUUCAAGACCUCUUUGUGGUGGCUCCAGCGCUCGGUCGCUUUGCUCCAACCCGAAGACAAACUCAUUGCUGAUUUCAUACCCCGUGUAUUGCCGAAUGUUCAGCAUUCCCUCAAUACCACGAAGCAACGUCUCACCAUCCUUCCUGGCGGGCCAGCGACCCUCGAGACUGCGAGAAAAAUUUCUGAUAUCCAAGAUGCGUUGCGUCGCAAGGUGACGCCUGUUUGA